UCGAGAGGUUGCGGAGAGCCGCGUUUAUUCAGUCGACAAACGUCCGUCCCCGCGUUCGACCGUCUGGACCGCCGUUUCUCUGCCGAUUUAAUCGCCGAUUGGGGACGAUAGACGAGGGAAGAAAAAAAAAAAUAUAAAUAAGAAAAAAAAAAAAAAAACACGGAUCCUCCGAUUCUAGUGCCGAGGUCCAGUUAUGCGCGGUGCACUCUCAUGUUGAGCUUCCGGUUCUACCCUGUGUGUAAUUGUUUCGUCGACGACAUCAUCCGGGAGUGACGAGAGGCUGCCGCGGAGGAAUCGCGAUGUACGGAAUUCAUCACACCGUCGAGGAUCCAACGGCUGAGGGUUAAUCGGGAUCUGCGGAGGUAUAAGAAUUAUGCGGUGGUUCGGUUCGCAACCCGAGGCUGCGCCGAGACUUCUGAGGCUGAGUCCCCUUCGCCCUGAAGAAGACCCGGAAGCCGCGAUGCUCAGGCUGCACGUGACGGGCUCGACGCGACUGAGAGACAUGUCACCGCUGCGAUGGGUCAGACGAAAGUCGUCGAGCUCGGAAUCGGAGCGUAACUGUUACAACGUGCAGACAUCCGAGGUGACUACGGAGCGAGUCGGGUCGUCGAAGAAGGAGAAGCAGAAGCGUUCGCACGAGGAUCGUCGCCGCGGGGCUCGAGAGAAGCGGAACCCGCUUUUGGACCGGGUGCGAAACGCGCGGCUGAGCUUCUUCCGGGAGCAGGAAGCCCCGGCCGAUCAGGAACACCGAGAGCUGAGUUUGAACGCGGACGCGCGGCUAAACGAGAUGGUGCGACUCAGAGGGCGGCCUCUGAGCAUCAACGACGAUCGGCGCUCCCUCUGCUGCAGCGAGAUCGAGCUUUCGUCGAGGAUCGAUCACCAGGAGCGGUCGCUGCGGGGGCGGAAACGCCGCUCCAAGUCGCAGAGCCGACUGCCGAGCGCGUCGCCGGGCGAAGAGGGCGUCGCGACGCCCUUUGCCGGCUCGAUAUUGGGCCCGACGAUGUCCUCGGACGACGUCUGCGGGGCGGAAAACUCUCGCGCGUCGAGGUCGAGGUGGUACAACGGAGGUGAGGCGGGAUUCGACAGCGUUACACCAUCGAGCUGCCUCGCGGCAAAGUUCAGGGCGAUGCAGGACCGGUACCUGAAAAGCUCGACCAGCCGACUGAUCGCCAAGUUCUACAAGCGAGAGACGCGGCCCGACGCCGAGGCCUCGGAACGACGUCGACUCCGCAGCUUCUCCUACGGCACGCUUCCCGGACUCGACGAACUCCGCACCAACCCCCUUUACGUCGACAACGAACCCGAGGACGACAACGACUCGGGCAUCCUCGACAACGACUCCGCCACCAGUUCCUUACUAGACGAUCGCUGCGACGGCGCGGAUCCUCCGCCGAGACUUCCGCCCCGGAGGACAUCCGUCCCGACGCUUUUACCCGGGAAGAGGGGAUGCUCGGUGAUGGGACUGUCCUGCAGUAACGUUACUCUUGGCAUAGAACGCGACCCUCUGAGCAAUGCGAACGUCUACCAAGCGACGAACUCCGAGCUUCUGACGAGGCGGGAGGCCGACGAAACCUCGGCACCACGGGGGCAGCCGUUGUCCGUUGUCAGGGACAGGUCCUACACCCCGGAGACGAUGGUCGUCCGGCUGACGCGAGAGGAGGUGGACCAGUCGCUGGGGAUCUUCAUCGCUAAGACGUCCGAGGCCAGGCCGGGAUACCUGGUGGCCCAUGUCGUGCCGAACGGACUGGCCGACAGGGAGGGAACGCUGACGAUAGGGGACGAGAUCCUGGUGGUUAACGGACGUCGGUUGAGGGGCUGCACGAUGGUCGAGGCUCGCCGGCUGCUGGCCGGGGGUGGAACGCAGCUCGAGGUAGUCGACAUCGUAGUCUCUAGGAUGCGCCGAGUCUCCGACGAGGAGCAGGACGAAGCGAGGGACCGCGGUAGGCCCAGGAAGCUGAGAGAGAGCAGCGUCGACUACGAGAACGUCCUCGUAGAGAACGGGCAGGGCCUCGUCCCCGAGGUCGUCGUCUCCUCGCCCAGGUCGCACUUUCGCAAGCAUCACUCCAGGGCUCAUCGCGAUCCUCGAAGCGACUCCAGCGUGUCAAUUUCCUCGGAGAAGUCGAGCCCUUCUUCUUCCCACUCGUCCCAAUCCUCGCACAGCGUAUCGACGUUCUGCACGUUGCCCAGGCGACCUCGAAGCACAGUUUCCACCUUUCACACCGUCGUCUUUGAGAAAGGCUCCGGGAAGAAAUCCCUCGGGUUCACCAUCGUCGGUGGAAGGGACAGCCCCAAAGGAAGCAUCGGUAUUUUUGUCAAGUCAGUACUGCCUGGAGGCCAGGCUGCCGAAGAUGGCCGACUGCGAGCCGGGGACGAAAUUUUGGCAGUCAACGGUCAGGUCUGUCACCAUUUGGCGCACAGGGAGGCGGUUCAGUUAUUUCGCAACAUCAAGCGCGGAUCGGUUGCUCUUCAUCUCUGCAGACGCGCGAAGCAUCGGGAACCGCAAACCCAGAAGGCCAAGUCGUGCGCAGACCUUUUACUCGCCGACGCGUAGCACGGAAUUUAAGGAAACUUCGAAUAUUGUAAAAACUGCAAUUCGUACCGCUGGACGCAACGUUGUGCAUAAUGAAAUACUGUAUAUUUGUAAAAAGUUGACAAGAAAUAAAAGUAGCCGCUCGAUACUUUUCUAUAAA